AAAUGAAUCAGCUGAUCGGAACGGACCAUCUGUGGGCGUCGAAUCGAAGCGUCGUGGGCGUCGUGCGAUGGACGCAUACGUCGUGCCAAAGGAUGGAAAGAGAUGCGAGAUGGAUGAAGCGUGUGGCGUUGAGGUAGCUGCGCGAGGAUCGGACCCAGGCGGAGCGAGCGUCUGCAGGCAACGGCCCCCAAUCCUCCGCCGCCAGUCAGCUGUCAGUUUUGGGUGUACGAUGGCCGCUGGUUGUUGCGGGACGAAAAAGCAGAAACUUAACAACAUGAACAAUUCGAUCUGCGUCCCCUCGUGCAACGGUUCGAUCCUCACGAACGGGUGCUCCAAUGGCGUGGAGAUGGUGGCCCAGGCCGACAUGUGCUUCUUCUGCUUCGACGUCCUCUACAGCCAACUGUAUAACCUCGAACCACCGAAAACCCCGUCGUUCAGCAAUGACGCAUAUCCGCUGUUCGUCACCUGGAAGAUCGGAAAGGACAAGCGUCUGAGGGGCUGCAUCGGCACGUUCAACGCGAUGAACUUGCAGAUGGGUCUGCGGGAGUACGCGAUCACGAGCGCCUUCAAGGACUCCCGCUUCAAUCCGAUCACCAGGGACGAAUUCCCGAAGCUCAGCGUCUCCGUCUCCAUACUGAGGCACUUCGAGGAGGCGGGCGACUACCUGGACUGGGAGGUCGGCAUUCACGGCAUCCGCAUCGAGUUCAUUAACGAAAAGGGUAACAAACGCACUGCCACUUACCUGCCGGAGGUAGCCCCAGAGCAAGGUUGGGAUCAAAUACAGACUAUAGACUCGCUCCUACGCAAGGGCGGCUACAAGGCCAUGAUCUCCGCCGAGAUGAGGAAGAGCAUCAAGCUGACGCGCUAUCAGAGCGAGAAGAUUACCAUCUCUUAUCAGGACUACAUGAACCACUGGAACAGCCAGCGUUGCUAGCAACUAAUGUGGGGGCGCAGACCGCCUCCACGUCAUGCCCAUCACAACAAUCAUCCUCCUCCUCCUCCUCUUCAACAUCUACAUCAUCAGCAGCAGCAACAUCAACACGCUCCGCCGCCCUUCUUGACGAUGCGCCCUCCGCCCACCACCUACACGAAUCCGGCCUACGUGCAGCAGCCGCCGCCGUACGUACCGGCCCCGCUCUGGUGGAACUGCUAUCCAGGACCAUCCUAUCAGCAAGAGUUCCCGCUCUUACCUCCGCCCGAGAUGAACGGAUUCCAUUCGCCGCCGUUCAGGAAACGUAAAUAGGUCUCACACUGUCUUCAUCACCUAUCAAUUAAUUUUCUGGCGCGCCAACCACAAAAUGAAGCAUUUAAAUUUCUAAAAAAAAAA